AUGACGCCAUUGUGGUUCUUCUGGAAUUUUGGCAAGUAUGUCACUUGGAAUAAUGUGGAGAAGGGACAGGAUUACAGCAAGUACUCCAGCCUUUGGAUGUACCUGUCUGAUCUGACCUAUAUAGACUCGGCCUACCCCUCCACAGGUAGCAUACUGGAGAACGAACAGAGAUCCAACCUGAUGAACAACAUUCUCAGAAUCAUAUCGGACUUGCAGAGAUCUUGUACCUACGACAUACCAGUGCUGCCUCACAUACAGAAGUAUCUGAACUCCGUCAGGUACAUCGAGGAGCUGCAAAAGUUUGUGGAGGAUGAAAAUUACAAGUUGUCACAGAAGAUUGAGCCAGGUACCAGCACGCCCCGAGCCAACGCCUCCAAAGAGGACCUUGUUGGUCAGGAAGCAUCAGCAUCCCCUCUGUGCGGCCGCAAGUGUUCAGUAGCAGCUGAAGGAACCAAAGUCCCGGCCACACCUCCAUCUCCCAGAAACCUGCUGCCCUACGGACACAGGAAGUGCCACAGCUUGGGCUACAAUUUUAUUCACAAGAUGAACACGGUGGAGUUUAAAAGCGCUACGUUUCCUAACGCCAACUCUCGCCACCUGUUGGACGACAGUGUGUUGGAGAGCAACAGUCCCACCAGAGGACAAGCAGAGAGCUCCACCUUGUCCAGCGGCAUUUCGCUUGGGAGCAGUGAAGGCUCUGAGCUCAGUGAAGAGAUGUCUUGGCCAGCUUUUGAAAGGACUCGCUUCUAUCAUUCUCUGGGCCCUGUGACCCGUGUGGCCCGCAUCCCCUACAGAGGAGUCCUGAGGCCCAGCAGCUCGGCUGAGUCAGAAGAACUUGCCGUUCAUUUGUACCCGGGAGCAGUGACAGUGCAAGGGGUGUUGAGACGGAAGACUGUGCUCAAGGAGGGCAAGAAACCCACAGUCGCUGCUUGGACAAAAUACUGGGUCGCUCUUUGCGGGACCCAGCUAUACUACUACCCCGCCAAGUCUCUGAAGGCUACCGAGAGGAAACAUUUCAAGUCCACAUCCAGCAAGAGUGUGUGUGUGGUGGGCCUGAUGGCCAUGAUGGCUGAUGAUCCGGAACAUCCCGACGUCUUCUUACUGACUGACUCUGAGCACGGUAACACCUACAAGUACCAGGCAGGGAACAGAAUGAAUGCUCUGCUCUGGUUCAAGCAUCUGAGUGCUGCCUGUCAGAGUAAUAGACAACAGGUGCCAGCCAAUCUGAUGUCAUUUGAGUGA